AAAUUUUGCUAGUUUCGUCAGAUUCCGAAAUAUUUAUUGAAAACAGGCCAUUUCGCUACUGAAGUUGUCUAAAUCACAUUCAGUUGGGGGAAUAAUCGAGACAAUUCUCGAAAUCGAUCGAAUGGGUUUAACAUAAUUGUCUUUUUAUCGCUUGGUAUAAAAAUUCAAUUGGAGAAAUAUUAGAAAUGUUCUUCUUUAUUUCGAUAAAUAAUGAGAAAUUAAUGGAGUGUAGGCGAUUAAAAACGUCUGAAGGAUGAUGUCAUAACGAAGAUAUUUUUUUAAUCGGCUGUAACUUGUUGAUUUUGCAUUAUUUUUUUAAAUAAAAGGAUAUGUUUAUCUUUAAUAACUGUAUUUAAAACGAACCAGAGGAAUUUAUGCACCAAACAAAUUCUCUAAUUUCUCCUUUGAAUCAAAACCGGAAAUGACAAAGUAGCCACAUUUUUCAUGAGUCAAAUUCCAACUUGUUGGUUCUUCCUUCCUGUCGUUGUUAAUCUUCCUCGAAGGAGCAUUGAAACACCCCAGAAAAAUGGAUUUACCCACAAUUGACGUCUCCACCUGUAUCAACAUCGUGACAAAGAUUCUGUCAAACCUCUCCCAAUACACAACAAAGAGGCCAUCGAAGAGAGCCAAACACUAUUGCCACAUUGACAUCGAGCUAAUUCCCCAAGAAAAAUACUGCUGGGUGCAAAUAACAAAUAACGGUGAGGCCAAGUUUUCUCUGAAGGAGUUACUGACCCUAGAAUUUAGUGAUCCCACUCUGAAUGGGAAGCUAUUGGGCGAGGUAAUAAUGAAGGAGUCUAAAGCCCAGAAGAUCUACAAGACACAUUUCGAUGGGAAUCUAAUAGAAUUGAGGGCAGAUGGGGGAAUCCCAGGGGUUGAUAAAUUUUCGCACCUGAAGGACUAUCUGUCAAUCAAAAUUGAGCAUCCCAUUCAAGUUAGAGAGGUCCAACUCCUGGUGGACAAAGUCGUAGAAUAUCUCAACAACUUCCAAACACUCUACCCCCAGACGAAGUACACCCUCCGCUCCGACAGGGAGACAUUCUACAACAAUUUCACCGAGUUCGACGAUGACUAUGCAAAGUGCGAAAUAUUGAGUUCAGCACUUGAGACUGUUGUACUGCAAUCGGUUAACGAGGAUUUUAGAAGAGAAGUUUGUGAGACUUUGGAUAUAACUGACGUCAAUGAUACUCUCCAGGCAAUUAUGUGUCACUUGUUGCCGAUAUUGCAUAAGAAUUAUCAAUUGUAAAUUUUUUAAACGUUAUUUUUUAGACAUAAGUUCACCAGUUGUUUUUUGCCGAUUCUAUAAUAGAAACUUUUGUAUGGAAAAAAAUCACACAACUUUUUCUAUAAAAUAUUUUCCAUUACAAAUUGUGAUAAAUGGCGAAAUUUUCUAAUUGAAUCAAAUAUUUUCAAUAAAAUUUUUUUUACGAGUUCAUUGACCAUUGACAUUGAAUAAACUUAAAUAGAAUAAAUAAACUUCAAACCUGA